GUCUACUUAUCAGUUGAUGGACCUUUGGAUUGUGUAUGUUUAGUAUUAAGUGUCAACUUGAUUGGAUUGAAGGAUUCAAAGUAUUGUUCCUGGGUGUGUCUAUGAGGGUGUUGCCAAAGGAGAUUAAUAAUUGUGUCAAUGGACUGGGAGAGGCAGACCCACCUUCAGUGUGGGUGGGCACCAUCCAAUCAACUGCCAGUGCAGCUAGAGUAAAGCAGGAAGAAGAAGGUGGAAGAAGGUGGGAGAGGCCGAUUUGCUAAGUCUUCCAGCCUUCAUCUUUCUCCCGUGCUGCAUGCUUCCUGCCCACGAACAUCAGACUCCAAGUUCUUCAGCUUUUGGACUCUUGGACUUUACAGCAGUGGUUUGCCAGGGGCUCUCAGGCCUUCAGCCACAGAGUGAAGGCUGCACUGUCCGCUUCCCUGCUUUCGAGGUUUUGAGGUUUUGGGACUCAGACUGGCUUCCUUGUUCCUCACCUUGUAGAUGGCAUAUUGUGAGGCUUCACCUUGUGAUCAUGGUUCUUGUUAGGAAUUGCUGGUCCCCCUAAAUCUUAACAAUGACAUUUCUGUACCUAUCUACAUGAUCACAUGCAGUUUUUUCUUCUAAUAUUUUUGCACAAAGA